AUGCUCCCGCGGCGCUACAGUCCCAGGCAUAACCGUCGAAACUUCAUUCUCUCUUGCGAAAAUGGCAAUGCCAAUGAUCUGAGAACACUCAUCAAUCAGCAUGGGUGCAGUCCCAACUUGUUUGGAUCAAAGGAGGCCACGCGAGUGUCACCAGGAGACCCUCUGGGAUACUAUGUUUUCAAGCACCAUCGAAAAGUCAAGAAAGGUCGCUGUCCUCGAAUAAUCGUGUCAACAGAUCGAACACCACUUCACAUUUGUAUAAGGAAAGGACGUGCGGGUUGUGCAAGGCUGCUGGUCGAAGCUGGGGCGAGUCUGGAUGAGCCGGGAAAGAAUGGACAUUCAGCUACUCACCUAAUGGGGUCCAUGAGACCUACCUGGAGUAAGUGGUGGCCCCAGACACAGACGCGACUGUCCAGGGCUGAGCAAAUGGAUGUGACCGACUUUCAGAUGGAUGCAGAAGCAGAUGAUGAUGAUGAGUCCACAAACUCAGACGACAUGGAUUCAAUUGGCGAGGAAGCAGAGAGCCAUUCUCAGCUGGAUGCAGAAGUCAGAGAAUACGAAGAAUAG